CCUAUGGAAUGAAUGCUGUUCUAGAGCCAAUUGUGAAUGAGAUUAGGGACCUGGAACUGAAUGGUGUUCAGAUUGAAACCACACUUUUCAAAGGCACUGUGAAGGCUGGAGUGGCACAGGUGUGUGGGGAUAACCUUGGACUUAAUAGCAUCCUUGGUUACUCAGAAAGCUUUUCAGCCAAUAGUGUGUGUCGAUGGUGUCGGGCACACAGAGCGGUUUUGAGGGCGCAAACUGUUGAGGAUCCCUCAUCACUGCGUGAUAAGGGGAACUACAACUCAGACUCCCUUCUUAACAACUCAACUGAAACUGGCAUCAAAAGAGAUUGUGCUCUGAACAAGUUGCAGUUUUACCAUGUAACGGACAACGUAGCUCCUGAUGUAAUGCACGACAUCCUUGAGGGAGUUGGUGGUUUUGAAAUGAAGCUUGUGCUCAAUUCAUUGAUAGAGCAAAAACUCAUAACCCUUGAGCAGCUGAACUAUAGACUGACCAGCUUUGACUAUGGGUUUUGCGAUGGCGGCAACAAGCCAUCUGCCAUCAAACCCCAGGACUUAAAAAAUCCUGAUGGGGCCCUUAGGCAAACGGCAUCACAGACUUGGUGUCUACUAAGACUGCUGCCGCUGAUGAUUGGGGAUUUGGUUCCAGAGGGUAACCAACACUGGGAAUUGUUCCUUUCAUUACUGUGCUGUAUGGAGUUGAUCUUUUCUCCUGCACUGACGCAUGGGGCAAUCAUCUUUUUGGGGUAUCUUAUUCAGGAACACCAUUGUCUUUUUUUAGACCUCUACCCCAACAGACACUUGAAGCCUAAACAUCAUUUCAUGCUUCAUUAUCCGAGAGCCAUCAGGAAAUUGGGGCCCAUAGUUCACUUCUGGUCUAUGCGUUUUGAAGCAAAGCAUGGGUUUUUCAAACGAGUAAGCCACGUGACCUGCAAUUUUAGGAAUAUUUGUAAAACCCAGGCCUACAGACAUCAGAUAAUGAUGUGCUACACUCUGCUGUCUGGCCAAAUGUUCUCCCAUGAGUUUGAAGUUGGGCCAGGAUGCGUGACACUGCUUGGUACCAUAGAGGAUUUUGGGAAGGUGAGUGGGUUUGAGGGAAUUCCUGCUUUUACAGAAGUUUAUGUGCCAUCUUGGGUUAGGUACAAGGGUACUAGCUACAGGCCAGGAAUGACACUUCUGGUAUCUCACUCUCCUGAUGGUGAGCCUAAUUUUGGAACCAUUCAGAGAAUUGUAGUCAUGAGCUCAAAAGUCAGAGUCAUUGUGAAAAACUGGGAAACAACAGGCUUUGAAAGGCAUUAUUUUGCCUUCACCGUGUUUCCUACCUCAGCAAUUGAGGCAGUUGACAUUGAUUCCAUUGAUGACUAUCACCCCCUCCAUGUUGUAAGGUCCCACAACGAAAACAACAAUCACCAUUACAUUUCGUUGAAAUACAGACUAUUUUGAACAUAGAAUGUAAUGUAGGGAAUACUGUAUAUAGUUGGUAAUGUUCUCUAGUUCUCUGUUCUCUUUGCGUAGAACUAUGACAUGCGCUGCUUUAUUUAUUGCAACCCAUCUUAGUAAUAUGAUCUAUAAUCAGACCUGAAACUGCUGUAGAAAAGUUAUAUCAACUAGAUUCAUGCCCCAGCCCCGAAACGGCUGCCGGCACAACAGCCCCAGAAUCACCUCCAGAGCAACACAGAGUUUCUGUGGAACAAGGAGCAACAUUUGUAAGUUCAUGAAUAUCCGUGAGAUCCUUAACAAGACAACUGAUGGAAAAUGCAUGGUUCUCGGUCUUGAGGAACAGAAUCAUAUAUCAAUUAAGGAAAGAUGUUCCAUGGUCCGGAUUCUUGUGUCCCACUUAAUUGAGCGCUUUGGAGAGAAUCCAUCUUCAGGUGCAAAGGCUCUGCUGGCAUCGUCCAUUGUGGAUCAGUUUCCAUGCCUGAGGGACUGUCAAGGCACAG